AUGCCAAUAGCGGACCCGAUGGAAGACGCUGGAGCGGGCGUCUUCGCAUGCAGUCGCACCGACCCCCUCGCGUCCGCGCUCUACGGCGCACGAGUCGAGCGCAGACGUGGAGCAUCCGGCAUGGACAUCUGGAUCAGCGGCGCAUGCUCGUUCGACUGCUCAGAUAGGCGUCGGGGCUGCCAAUCACCACCGGCCACGUCAGGAAGCCCAGUAGAGCCGUUAUCGGGAAGUGGACGGAGCAGGCUAGCCACGACGGCGCCGUGCAGCUCGUGGGGUGCGAUGCGGCCGCGUGAUUGGUCGGCUCUCGGCUUCACCGGUCUCGCAUACUGCUCGCGUCCACUCCACCUGCUCUUCGACGGCCUCAACAAAGUUCAACAAAUAGACAAUUCCCAAGUGAGGGGUUCAUUGUUCGCUCGAGCUGUUUCCCGCCCUACUGCCAACCCCUUCACCGCUCUUCUCGGCUUUGAGCACUCUACCCAAACCUUCAAUAGUCCAUUGACCACGGCUCCGGCACUAGCCCGCUGCGCCUCUCCCUUGCGUCGUGACAAACUGGUCCGGCAACGUCGGCCUCGGUCUACACGCAGCAUUAUAACGGCUGCCAAAAAAGCAUGCGGCCAUGUCGCAGCAGCACCAGCAGCAGAGCCGCUUGUCACCAAGCCUUUACAUGAUCCGCCCGACGUGCUUUACGUGCAUCGCCUUGGCGUCCCGCCCCAGCUACAGGGCGUGCUGCAGCCUGGGGGCUAUGUCAUUUCGAUUGCGCCUCCUCCCUUCAGUGCUAAUUGUGGCUGA